AUGCUUACGCAGUUUCAUGAGACCCCUGAUUCGAAUGACUUAACACUGUGGGCCAAACCAGACACGUUUGUAGGGAACGUGGCAAAAAAAUGGCUGAAAGACAGCCCAACGCUGACACAAGGCAACCGCGCAGACUUCUGCGGAAUCCAACUGACAGCACAUGUUCCUUGCUAUGUUCUGCUUUGUGCAGUUUGCUGCCCUCGGGAGAUAGGCGUGCCGCUGACUGGCUGGCGCAUCCAGCGUGCGCAGGGCGAGUCCUUGGCCUUCCGUGGUGUUGGCCCUUUGUUCCCAAUUCCAGAGAACGAAGUUUGGUUCGAUGACUUCAAUGACCUGGAUGGUGCUGGCAAGACUGGCUUGACUUGGGGGGAGAUCUACAAAUACAGAGUUGUAGCAGUGAAUGGCAUUGACGUAUGGGAUGAUGAGAGUGCAUCUGACUACACCAUCGUCCGCUGCUCCAACGAGGCGCCUGAAGUACCGUGGUGGCUGCAAUUAAAUGCAACGACAACAACGACUACGACUACAGCAGCCAGCAACGAGACUUUUGUUGCAGACUUGGUGACUGGCUUCGUGUGGAGCAUUGAGGCGACAACCACAACCACAACGCCCGCAUCCGUGGACAGCAGCUACGCGUUCUUCAAGCUCGCAGAUGUGGACCCGAGGGACUGCUACCUGCCUCAGAACAUGUCUGCAGAGUACUACAACUACUCCGAGUCAAUAGUGCAGGCUCUUCAAGUGUUUGAUGUACCGCCUCCUCCCUUACUGUCCGUGGCUUGGUCCGCUUGCAACACCUCAGCAAGGAGUGGGGAUCCCUGCAAGGAGUUCUUCCCCGACAGGUCGGAUGUUGUGGCCUGUGCCAGACUGGAAUUUCGUCCCACUCAGCCGGCGCAGCUUGCUUUUCACCUGUUGGCCAUCACACGUUGCAUUCAGUGCGUCACUAGCACGUAG